AUGGGCACGCUCGAAGAGCUCGAAGAGACGCUUUCCGGGCUGGUGGAGCUUGUUGCCAAUCCCAAUCAAGAUCCGGCACUCAGGGUGCGGGUCUGGACCAUGCUUGCGGCCAUCGUUGACACACAACCGGCUCUUGGAACGCUUUUGUUGACAGGCCGCCACCUUGCCAUGACGACCGAGACGCGACUCAACAGGUCCGAAGGCGACUCCACCAAGCAGAACGAUUCUUCGUCUUCUGCGCCCACCUCACAGCCUCGCAGCUCCCCGCAGGGACCCGUACUGUCAAAGACGGCGCUCGACGUCGCUUCAGAGGCCAUUCUUUCUUGGCGAGCAGCGUACAGCGGCACUUCGCAGUUGCUUGAAGCUGUGCUGCGAUUCCUCGAUGUCGCUUGGGUACACGCAGCCGAGCACGUCGCUGCCUUUGACAACAUCCGCGCCAACUCGGCUUUCUUCCGUGCCCUGGCAGAUGUAAUUUGUGAGCCAUCCGAGUGUCCUUCGUCAGCAGCCGAAGCUCUGGCCGAUUUCGGUCCCGCCUUGCACUCGAGCAACGACGCCGACGUGUCCACCUACUGCUACCGGAAGAUGUGUCAGGCGCGCUCGCUACGAUUGUUGCAGCACGAUGUCCAACUUGGUGGUAUUCUCAAGGAUCAGGCCAAGAGCGGCCCAUCUAGCAAAGCCAGCCUGGAGGCUUUGCUCGACAUUCUUACGUCGUCGGAGCGUUCGCUUGGAGCUAUCGAGAAGAGUUUCUCGAUGCCCUGCGAUCCUUCGAUGCGCGCCGCCUUGGAGCGCAAGCUGGCAGAGCUGUUCCCAACCAUCUACAUCGACUCACUGCGCCAUCCUACCCGCAAAGACGAUUUUGACCUCGACAAGCGGUACGGCGACAAUUACCACUUUAGUGUCUCGUCCUUCCGCAACAAGGCCGAAGGUCGUGUCCUCGAUGGCGAAUUCGGCGGCGAGGUGACGAUCAUCGAAGAAGGACUCCUGGCUAUCUUCACCAUCAACAUGGAGUGGAGCUUGAUCGAUGUGCAGAACUCGGUGCUCCAAGCAUGGACGCAGUGCAUCGAAACUUGCAUGGGUCGCAUCAUCGCACAGGCACUUGGCAAGGACAAGAUGCAGGCGCUCGGGAAGGCGGUCAUCACAGGCUGGACUCGGCUCGCCACGCUGGCAGCCGACGAAGGCCGCGAGGGCGACUUUAUGCGUGGCGUUCACGCUACUCGCCUUGCGCUGUUGACCAAGUUGAUGGAACUCGCCUGGGGUCACCGUCACAGCGGCGAAUCUUCGACCUCCGAUCAGAUUGUCCAAGCUGCUACUCUCUGCGGGCGUCUUGUGACGCAUCCCUUCUUCCGCGUCGAGGACAGUCUUAAAGGGACUUUGCCACCAGAGUUUCACCGCGAGGUCUUCGAGAUGGUGCUGGUGUGCGUUGCCCGCAUUCGCACGCUGUUGACGUCUCAGAACUCGAUGGUGCGCCCGAAUGACAAGACGAUCGAAAGCCACAAGGCGCUGCACGCGACCAUCGAGCUUUUCUGUCGUCACGCCACCGACGCCCUUCGCAUCAAGAUCGAGACUGCGCUCCGGAUCCUGCAGACUGCUCAGCGGCACGAAGUUGAUCUGCAAUGCUUGGAGGACGACUUGGAUAUUCUCGUCAGCAUUUUCGAGAUGACAACCAGACGCAACGUUGGAGCCGAGACUGCCGUAUGGUUGGCGUACGUUCAAGAGACGCAGCUCUUGCAGACAACCAUCAGCCUCUUCGGUCGAGCACCCGUACUGCGACCCGAGAGUGCAAACGGCAACACCACACCUGUCAACCCGAACAGUGCACACCACGUCGUUUUCAUGAAGCCUUUGCUUUCGCUCUUGCUGUCUGUUGCGUCGCAGCCUUCUUCCAGCGAAGAGAUUGCGCUUCAAGGUGCGGUCAACGCGUUGGCCUCCAACAUGCUCACCGACUCGCUCGAGGACGGCCGGGUCUCGCCUCUGUUGCUCUCUGGCGACCCGAGCCCUGCGCACGAGUGUUGGAGGAUGAUGCUCCGCGUCGUGGUCAAUCUGAUCGACAAUCUUGGCGGCGCUGGAUCCGACAAUCCAAGGUGGAGAGGCGUCAGUGCCAGAUUCGUCGAGACCGACGUUUACGGCUUUGUGCGCGUCUACCAAAAGCAGAUUGAUAGAGCCAUGAACCUCAAAGAACUGCAAGCCCGACUCGAAUCAGUGUCGGGCAUCAUCGGCCAUGCGUCUUCGGUACACGGUCGUCUCUCCGAUGGUAACGCUGUAACGGCCGUCAGCUUGGAGCAAUUGGAAGAAGUCGAGCUGAUCUCAAGCCUGCUUUACAGCUUGACUAGGCUCGAGAACGAGCAGUCGCUGCUCUCGCACGCUACGCGACCCGACCGCGACGCCGCUGGUCCUUCGAUCGUGCAACACCUCGCCGAAACGUCAGCCUGGACGAUACAACCUCUGGUGCAUCUCCUGCAGCAUCCGAACGAGCUCUCUAGCCUGCUGGGCCUGGAUCCAGCAGCAGAGGGCGCUCGAGUGGCGCAAGAGACGGCAGCGGCCAAGAUUCGCACCAUUGUGUCGGCGCUCGUUGCCAGCCUCUGGAACCAUACGAAGUGCGUGCUGGUGCUGUGCCGGGGCUCAGACGCAUGGCCAUCGACCAAGUCUGGGUGUGCGAUCGUGAGGCCCACUACUCGCACCAGCGCUGUGCGCAUUGCCACUCUCGGCACGCUUUUGGAUCUCAGCACCCAUCUUACCGACUACAUCAGGACGAACAAGCAAAAGCUGUCGGCCGAGGACAAAGCGGGCUGUUCGGCAACACUGGAGCAGACGUUGGGUCUUGCAGCGAGUCAAGCGGCCAUCUGGGCCGUCGGAAAGUCCAAGGACAACACAGAGCAGGCGAAAUUGGAACAUAUGGCGAGGCAAGAGCUCGAGUCGGGCCUGUCUAGGGACAUUGUGUCUGCACUACGAGCCGCCGAGGAAGUGGCAGGCGCACAGGGUAAUCUCUUUUCGCUCAUCACCACUUUUGUGGAGUCGAAGUUGAACGGGCCGCUCUUCUGA